UCGUUCAACACGAAGCUCGUAUCGAUAUCGCCUAAACCGUCAUACCCAUGGAAUCCUUUGCUUUGCUUCGUGGUGGCUUACCAUCUAAACUUCCCUUGUUUGAACCUUCCCCUUCCAUCCCGAUGUCAAUGAUGCCUUCAUGGCUCCGUUUCAACGUUAGGAAGUCAUUCAUUCCUCGAUUAUCGAAUGGUUCAGUAUCGACCCGUGUCUCUAUUGGGUCGACUUGGAAUCCCAAUAUACGUGACAAGUUAUUAGCUCGUUGUGGGGAUGGGGAGACGUACUCAAAUGCCGAAGGAGACUCAUUGAAGUCAUUGCUAAGCUUAGUACAACUAAAAGAAAGUAAUUCACCAACAUUAGUGAUUGCUUCCACUAAGAACGAGGCAUUGAAGUUGGUCGUGGAAGGGAAGUACGGUGAAGCAUUGUGCCAUACGAAAAACUUAUGCUCUUCCGCUAUGGCCGAAGUUGUCUACGAGGCUCGGCUAACACAUCUCCAAAUUCUCAUACGUUUGGAUGAAUACGACAAGGCUCUAGAAUUUCUAGAGGAGAAGGACAACUUUCCUCAAUCAUUUGAAGCAAGACUUUCCCUUUAUAAGGCUGUGGUUCACACCAUGUUGGGCAACGGUGAUAAAGCUGAAGAAGGGUGGAAUACGUACCUUGAAACGCUUGGCAAUGGCAAUGUAAAUGAGGAGCUCAAAGCUCAUUGUAGAAAUACAAAUUCAGAUGGGUUCUUGAUGAAUGCUAAGAGCCUAUUGAAGCCAUUGUUGAGCUUAAAAUCGCUGAGUGUAGAACAUGACUCAUUGUUAUUCAACAUUAUUCGCACUAAGAAAAUGGCACUGAAGGCAGCCGUGAAUGGGGAUUAUGAUGCAGCAAAACGCUACAUGGAAAACUUAUGUAACGAAGUGAGAGACAACCGAGAGGAGGCAUUAGAGGCGCAAGUCGCAUAUACCCAGAUUCUUAUAUAUCUAGGAAAAUAUGAAGAAGCUUUAAAGCGUCUCGUUGCGAUCCAGGAGGAUUUUUCCGAUUCCAAUUUAGCAAAACCUUGCCUUUACAAGGCUAUUGGGCUGACAGCAUUGGGGAACCAUAAAGAUGCCAAAAUUUGCUGGAAAUGUUUCAUGAAAACCAUUGGCGUCUUCAACCCCUUUGAACAUCAAAGCCAAUGA